CGCUUGAGCCAGUAGUUGUUUAUAAGAAUUCUAAUAGAACGGUUGAUUCUGUUUUGAUAGACGGUUACUUAGUUGAUUCGGUUUGGUUUGGCUUUGGAAUCUCUGUGAUCUUGUGUCGAUCCACAAUAAUAAAUUGAAGCCAGAGUAGUGCUUCAAUAAAAAAAAAGAAAACAACUAUCGAGAUAUACUACUUUUCUGUUUGUUUGUUCGUUGUAUGCAAAUUAAUUUAAGAAAAACAAAAAAUAAUCGUAAUAAUACGCAGUUUGUUGUUUAUUUAAAUUUGCAAAAAGAAAUAGAAAAGAUUUUUGAUAAAAUAAAGCUUUAUUGAUACUAGCUGACAGAGGAAGAAGUUACCAAAAAUGGCUCCUCGAAAAAUUCUCGAUCCAUCAAAGCUUGGUCAAGCAUUUCGAACUUUAUCAACUUUAAAUUCAACAGCUAAGCCAGCAACUCAAAAUGCUAUGCCAGAAUGUAGCUUCCUUCCACCAGCUUACAAAGGUCCUGACUACGAUAAAAUCACCGACAUACGCAAGAAGAACCUUACCCCGAAUAUUGUCUCCUAUUACAAGAAACCUCUACUCAUCCAUAGUGGACAUAUGCAAUGGCUAUUCGACCACGAUGGAAAAAGAUACUUGGAUAUGUUUGGAGGAAUAGUUACUGUCUCAGUUGGACAUUGUCAUCCAAAAGUGAACAAAGCACUUGAAGAACAGGUUAAAACCCUUUGGCACACUACCAACAUUUAUAUGCACCCAAAAAUCCACGAAUAUGCCCAAAGACUGACCGAUAAGCUUCCGGGAGACUUGAAACAAGUCUAUUUUGUCAAUUCCGGUUCAGAAGCUAACGAUCUUGCCAUGCUUAUGGCUCGACUUCAUACCGGCAAUUAUGAAAUCCUGACCUUUAAAAACUGCUACCAUGGAAUGUCUCCAUACACAAUGGGUUUAACUGCUCAUUCUACUUGGAGAUUUCCACUUCCUGGUGUUAGUAAUGGCAUCCAUCAUGUCAUGAAUCCCGACCCAUACCUUGGAAUUUGGGGUGGAUCAGCUUGUCGAGACUCACCUUGCCAAACUGAUAGAAAAUGUGAGUGUAACUCAGAAUCUGGAUGCUCAGCUGCAAGUGAAUACUACAAACAGCUCGAACAAGUUUUUAAAUUCUCACUUCCAAGAGGUAAAGUGGCUGCAAUGUUUGCAGAAUCAAUUCAAGGUGUUGGAGGAACAGUUCAAUUUCCCAAGUCUUACAUUAAAAAGGCUGCUGAAUUGGUGCGGGCAAAUGGAGGAGUUUUUAUUGCCGAUGAAGUUCAGAGUGGAUUUGGUAGAACUGGAGAACAUUUUUGGGGUUUCGAAGGACAUGGAAUUGUUCCAGAUAUUGUGACAAUGGCUAAAGGUAUCGGAAACGGUUUUCCUCUAGCAGCUGUAGUAACAACCCCAAAGAUCGCUGAGUGUCUUGGACAGGCACUUCACUUUAACACCUAUGGUGGAAAUCCUCUUGCCAGUUCGGUGGGUCUUGCUGUUUUAGAUGUCAUCAAAGAAGAAAAACUUCAGCAAAAUUCUCUCGAAGUUGGUACUUACUUCCUAAAAGCUUUGGAGGAUCUUAAACAAAAAUACGAUAUUAUUGGUGAUGUUCGAGGCAAAGGACUUAUGAUUGGCAUAGAAUUUGUAUCUGAUCGUGUUACAAAAACUCCCCUAAGUGUACCACAUGUUUUGGAAAUUUGGGAAAGUUGCAAAGAUUUAGGAGUUUUAUUUGGUCGAGGUGGAAUUAGUGGAAAUGUUAUGCGAAUCAAGCCACCGAUGUGUGUAUCCUUUGAAGACGUCGAUUUUGCAUUGACAAUUUUGGAAACAGUUUUAAGUGAUUAUCAUAUCAAAAAACAAAGAAGUUGGAAUCGAAAUAUUCGAAAGUGAUUAAAAUUACAUUGAUAUUAUGAGAAAGUGAAAUUUUAGAAUGGAUUUCAAGAAAAUCUACAAGUUGCCAGUUUUAAGGUUUCGGGACAAAGAUGUUAUGAAUAAAUAUUAUAUCUUAACAUGACAGAUGUGCUCUCGAGAGUGCAUAAUUAUUGCCUAGAUAUUUAGAAGAUAUUAAAAAAAAGAGAAAGUAAUGUGAUUUAAAGUUACCAUGACUAUUUUAGAUUAAGAAUUAACUAAAUGAUAUUAAAUUAUAUAAGUUUUAUUUUAAACAAUUUUAUGACUAUUAAAAAAAUAUAUGAUAUUAUUAUGAAU